GCUAAACGCCAACGUUUCGACCUCGAACCAACAUGACUGCUGAUAAAACAAAAACAAAAAAAAAAACAUACCGCUGAGCCGACAAACUCGCAUUAGGCGGUUUUUGCAGGAAGUAGCUUCCGGAUGUUGUUAAAAGUGCACCUUCAGCAUAAAACAAGGUUUCGCAAUCAAUGUUUGUACAGCACAUUGCCUUUUUACGAUUACUUUGCAUAAUCUGAACGGAAUUAUAAGAGGACGUUGUAUGUAUUUGUAAUGUAUGUGGUUGUUUUGAGUUAGCUAAGAUUAGUAAAAUGGCCACCGACUGCCCAGUGAAAACAAAUGAUUAAUUCUACAGUUUACUGCAAUAUGUGAAGUAUGAGCUAUAGCCACAGUCUUGCAGCUUAGUCAGCAUAUCUGUCCGUGUUUCUUUAUUGUGCUUGUAUGUAGCAUAUGUCGAUGUAUGUGGACGUUAUGGACUUCCUGGUUGGAUUUGAGUACACAGAGAUCAAUCUCGGUCUCCUGAAAGCACCAUGGCGGUAUCAGCAGGAACGUUAACACCUCUCCGAUACUUUACUUGUUGUCCAUUCCAACUAUUGUUUGUAUUUUUCCUCUCCUUACAAUUCUCAAAAAGUAUUUUUGUUGUACGACUGUCCUGAUUUUCCUUCAGUCUUUCCCGGUAACUUUCUUCUGGUUUUAUUGUGAAAAGAAAGUGUCCAUCUCAGUAAAGCUGACGUACUUCCGGUCCGUUGGGCGUCACAGUAGCGCUUUGUCGUCUGUUGUUGUUGACUUUCUAUCCUUCUAUGCUUCAUGAUCUACCAGGUCUUUUGUCACGGAACUUGGCUUUUGCUUGGCAGUUAGGAGUAAAAAAAAAGCAAUUUAAAUAUUGUAGUUGUUAGGGUGGCGGGCGAAGGCAAGCAUUGGCGCCAUGGACGACGUUGGUUUGCGGUGAGAAAUAUCCCCUCAUAGCCCAAGGAGACGUCCCAACAACCGGCUGGCUUCAUGGAGCUGCCGACUGCUCACAAGUAGCUGCCACAAAGACUGCCACUUUCAAAUCUGUGUCAACAAUGGAGCUCUCCCAGGUGACAUUGAACGUAUCAGGAGAAACAUCUCCAGGGGAGGUGAUUGCCGUGGUUGGAAGCUGUGAAAGCCUGGGUGACUGGAGCCAUGACAAAGCAGCGAUCCUGCACCCCAUCAGUGAGGACGGGAACAUGUGGACGACAACGCUGGCCAUCCCCAAGGGAGUUGUGGUCAAGUACCGCUAUUUUAAAGGCUUCUUUCUGGAGGCAAAGAGUGCAGGCGCUCCUUGUCAGGUGAUAGUCAAUAUGUGGGAGACCCAUCAUCAGCCCCGCAGCAUGAGCCCCACAGAAUCUCACCUGUGUGUCAACGAUGGAUGUUUUGGAAUUCACAACGGGGUGAAGUGUGUCGACGGCGGCUGGCUGACGUGUCAAACGGAGAUUCGCUUGCGUCUGCACUUUUCCAAGACGUCUCCGGUGUCCAUCACCAAGAAGAAAUUCAAGAAGUCUCGCUUCAGGAUCAAGUUGACCCUGGAGGGCAUUGAGGAGGAAGAAGACGACGACGAGGAUGAAGAUGCGAUCAGACCCUCAUCCCUCCACAAGAUGACCACCACCCUGGAGAUCAGCAUGAUCACUGCCAAAGCCUACAAGUCACGCCACUCCCAGCCCGAGUGCGGCUACGCCCUGGAGCCCUCACGCUGGACCGAGUACAGCGUCCACACCAUGGACCCCGACAACCUGGAGCUCACAUUUGAGUUCUUUGAGGAGGAGCUGAGCGAGCACGUAGUCCAGGGCGAUGCUCACCCGGGUCAUGUGGGCACCGCCUGCCUCCUUUCGUCCUCUUUCCUGGAGAGCGGCAAAGACAUGGGCGUGGUUACGCUGCCCAUUAUGGGACGCAACUCCCGGCAUACCAUCGGCAAAGUCCGAGUGGACUACCUGGUGAUCAGGCCCAUCCCGGGGCUGCCGUGCAACAUGACCGCCUCCUUCACCAAGUACUGGAAGAAAAGAAGCGCUCUGGAUGUCGGCCACAGAGGAGCCGGCAGCACGCACGCCGCCAAGCACCACAGAGUCCGAGAGAACACCAUUGCCUCCUUCAAGAGCGCCGCCAAGCAUGGUGCCGCCUACGUGGAGUUUGACGUCCACCUUUCCAAGGACGACGUUCCAAUCGUGUACCACGACCUAACCUGCUGCAUCGCCACCAAGAAGAAAAACGACCAGACGUUGGAGCUCAUCGAGGUGCCUGUCAAAGACCUGACAUUUCAUCAGCUGCAGCUUCUGAAGUUGGCGCAUGUCACCGCCAUGAAGGGAAAUGAUGUCAAAGAACUGCUGGAGGAAGAGGAUGACAUCGACGAGCAUCAGCCCUUUCCGUCGCUCUCGCAGCUCUUCCAGGCACUUCCUGAGCACGUGGGCUUCAACAUCGAGCUGAAGUGGAUCUGUCAGAUGAAGGACGGGUCAUGGGAAGGCAACAUGUCGUCCUACUUCAACAUGAACACCUUCCUCGACAUCAUCCUGUCCUGCGUGCUGCAGAACGGAGGCAAAAGACGUGUGGUGUUCUCGUGCUUUGAUCCCGACGUCUGCGCCAUGGUGCGCCGCAAGCAGAACAAGUACCCCAUCCUCUUCCUGACUCAGGGCAUCUCCGAGAAGUACCCCGAGCUCAUGGACAUCCGCUGCCAGAGCACGGAGAUGGCCGUGAACUUUGCCCAGAGCGAGGACAUCCUGGGAAUCAGCGCGCACACCGAGGAGCUGCUGACGAACCUGGGUCUGAUCGGGGAGGCGCAGAGCAAAGGCCUGGUGGUGUUCAGCUGGGGCGACGACAACAACGAGCACGAGAACAGGAGGCAGCUGAGAGAGCAGGGCAUCGACGGCCUCAUCUAUGACAGGAUCUGCGAGGACCAAGGAGAGCAGCCCAACAUCUUCCAGGUGGAGGAGCAACACUCCCUGCGGGAGGUGAUCACAGAGGAGACCCUGAAGAGCCCCACCUGCUCCUGCUACUCCAUCCCCUGCUCCACCGCGCCGUGUCUCGUCACCAAGGAGCGAGCUGGCAGCGCCGAGUCCGACUCGGGCCUCAGCUCCUCGUAGCGUGCUCUCUCCAUCCUCCCAGGAGGGUUCUUGCGUUUAUUAUUAGCGGCAUUUAUUUUUGCAUGGCCAUCACUUCAUAAGAUACUUUUCUCACAACUCCAUUAAUGCGCACAUUUUGAUUGUAGGGAGCAGGGAUAUUGAACUACCAAUGUUGCCAAUGCGGGUGCCAUUAUCUUGUUGAUGUGCGUGCAUGAAGCCAUUACCUUAAAGCAGGGCUGUCCAAAUACCAACCCGAGGGCCAUUUGCGGCCCGUAGCUCCCUUUUCAUUGGCCCGUCCUUGACAGCGGUAGAUAUCGUGCAUCUCUAAGCUGCUUACUUUAUUAUUUUCAUUAUUUUCUCAACCUGCAUUGGAUGGAUUCUUGCAUGUUUAAUUAACCAGAAAUGACAAGUAUGAAAGUGGGCCCUACAACUUUGGGUUUGUAGUUUGAACACCCCUCCCUGCCUUCGCAUCCUUUGAAUAGUCCAGCUUGUAUUGACCAUCUCGUACCGCUAGGGGUCGCCCGACAGCAGUUGACAUGGUUGAAGUUGUGCUUUCCGCAUAUCGUGCAGGUUGCCAUUUAUGGGUUUCAUUUUGCAGAACUUAAAGAUGACAAAGUGCAACGUGUCAACAUUAACGGUGCUCUGAUUAUAAUUCAUAUAAUUCAAGUGCACACAGGACAGCCUACUGGUGAUGUGCGAGGGAGUUAUUACUUUUUGUCUACUGUUACAAUAUUUGAAGUGUAGCAGCCGGAAGCUCACGUAUGAACGCUACGUUUACACGAGCGGAGUAGUCACACAUCGAUCAUGAACAAUUGUGUCAUUCAUUGUUAAUAAAUAAAAACUGUUCUUAAUUG